AUGCUGCUGUGUCGACACAAGAAGGAGACCGCGGAAAGCGUUGUCAGUCCUACCGUCGAGAAGGCUCCGGAACCUGAACCCUGUGGUGAACUUGACGGGAGUAAAUAUCGGGCAGAGAUGUUUACGCCUUUGGAGGGCUCUACCUUCGCCGGAAGUCCAAGAAAAUAUGCCGAUUCACCUUCCAUCGGCUCUGCGACGACCAUCAGCCCAAGCACUCAGAGCAUCGUCUGGUCGAAUGAAAAGAUAGUCAUGCAGAGCGCCGUCCCAGCUCCAUCGCGAGGCCUUGGCUCUUAUUCCGCCGUAAAUCCAGGGGGCUCUAUAACUACCAUUUCAGAGCUCCCGACCAGUGCCAAUUCACCACGGGUACCAGAUCCAAAAAGGCUAGACGACUCUCCCAGCGCCACAUCCUCCCCUCAUCCAUCUUCACUUUCACCGCCGUCACAGCGUGUUUCUCAGGGGGUCCAAUUGACAGUAACAACGCCCGAGGGUGUCAUACUGCGGCCAAACUUGCAUGAUUCUCCUGCCCAGCAACACCAGCAAUGCCACGAACUGGAAACACCGCAACAUGUGAUGAGCUUCAUGGAUUAUCCGGACAAAAGCCACAAGAAAGAUGGGCCUUCUUCAUGA